AUGAGCACGAUGGCGCAGCAGAGCAAGUGCUGGGUAAUGCUGGAGAACAAUCCCGAGGUGAUGAACGCUCUGGCCAAAAAGCUCGGCUUAUCGGAUGAGCUGGAGUUCUACGAUGUCUAUUCCCUCGACGAGCCUGAGCUUCUUGGACUCAUUCCGAGGCCAGCUUAUGCCCUCCUUGUCAUCAUUCCGAUGAAUGAGGCCUGGCUGCGCGAGAGGAGCGCUGAGGACGAGAACAAGCAAGAUUACGCGGGCGCCGGGGAAGGGGAGCCCGUCAUCUGGUUUAAGCAGACCAUCGGCAACGCGUGUGGCUCCAUCGGCCUGCUACACUCGGUCAUCAACGGCCCCGCUGCCCAGUUCAUCUUGCCAGGCAGUGACCUCGAGAAGAUCAGGCGGGACGCUAUCCCUCUGACGAUGGCUGACCGCGCCAAGAUGCUGUACGACAGUCAGCCGUUCGAGGCGGCGCAUGCGGCUGUAGCCAACCUUGGAGAUACGAUUCCUGGCGCGCCCGUUGAAGGACACACUGGGCAUCACUUUGUCUCUUUUGUCAAAGGGACCGAUGGACAUCUUUGGGAGUUAGAGGGCUCUAGAAAGAAUCCAAUUGAUCGAGGUGUCCUGGAGGAUGACGAGGACGUUCUGAGCCCCAAGGCUCUGGACCUCGGUCUGAAGAGGGCCAUGAAGCUGGUCCAGGAUGCGGGGCUGGAGAGCCUUAACUUCAGCUGUACCGUCCUCGCGCCCAAGAAACUUUGA